AGUGUGAAGGCACCCUUGAACAGAGGCUUGUUUUUGUUAAAAAAAAAUAUGUAAUUCUGGUUUCUGUAUUUGCGGACUAAAUAAUAUUGCACCAGAUAUCCGCUCCACUAGCAACGGACGAUGGGGCAGGUUAAGAGUCAGUUCUCCGAGGAUGAGCUGCAGGAUUACGAGGAUCUUACGUACUUUACAAAAAAGGAGAUCUUGUAUGCACACAAAAAGUUUAAGAACCUAGCGCCCGAGAAGGUGGGCCACAAUAAGAACGCCAAGCUCUCGAUGAACAAAGUCCUUGAGUAUCCGGAACUAAAGGCCAAUCCUUUUGGGGAUCGGAUUUGUAAAGUGUUUAGUUCUAGCAACGAUGGAGACAUCACGUUCGAGGACUUUCUCGACAUGAUGUCGGUGUUUUCGGACGCAGCCCCGAAAUCGGUCAAGGCAGAGCAUGCCUUUCGGAUCUACGACUUUGAUGGGGACGAUAUGAUUGGGAGGAGCGAUUUAAAGCAAGUUAUUCAAAGGCUGGUAGCGUACAACUCUGACCUGGGGAACAACGAUAUUGAUCAGCUAAUCAAUAAUAUCCUUGAAGAGGCAGAUCUAGACGAUGAUGGUGCGCUGUCUUUUGCGGAAUUUGAACAUAUAAUCGAUAAAUCUUCCGAUUUUAUCAACUCCUUCCGUAUACGACUGUAACCCACCAGAAGCCGCACUUGCUUUCUGUAAUCUCAGCAAUCAUCCUUAUUAUGCUUUAUAUGAACCAUCGGUUCGUUUUGUGGGUGUGUCUGUAAUACUAUCACUUUAAAUUGUGUCUAGAGUGUGUCGUAGUGAAAUUAUAUUUAUUGGUUCGAAGAAUAUAUUUGGAUACUCUUGUGGAAUAUAAAUGCACCCUCUAGGGCUGUAGAUAUCCUGGCAGCUUCAUUCGCAUAAAGAUCCACGUAGUGAAGAAUGAAACCGUAAUAAAGAUGAAGCCCAUGGCGA